UUGUUUAGUCACUUUGUACUUGCAGAUCAAGACACAUUGGUUAAAGACACUCUGUUGUAGAUAGUACGAAUAAAAAAUUGCACAUCCUGCAAGUAUACAACAAGUAGAACAUAUUUAUAAAAUAUAUAUUAUUUUUUAUGAAAAUUCUACUGUCACAGUUGCAAUACAAAUCAAUUAUGAUCAAUGAAAAUAAAUAUGAAUUGUGCGCCGAUAUUGAUUCCGAAGAAAUUGUUAUCUCUGGCAUUGCUGGUAGCUUUCCAGGCUCGGACAAUAUAAAACAGUUACGAGAACAUUUAUUUAACAACGUCGAUCUUGUUACGGACAAGCAUGGCCGAUGGAAAAUAGAACAUCCGGACUUACCAAAACGUCUAGGAGCAAUUAAUAAUUUAAAUAAAUUCGACGCGGAAUUUUUUGACAUAUGUGAUAGUUACGCGCAUACACUCGAUCCAUCAAUAAGAAUAUUAUUAGAGCGUACUUACGAAGCAAUUGUCGAUGCAGGGAUGAAUCCGAAGCAAUUACAAGGAAGAAAUAUUGCUACGAUCGUGGCAACAUCUUUCAUUGAGUCACAAAAUGAAUUUACACACCGGGACUUCCAGAACAACGGUAUGAAUUUUCUUGGCUGUAACAAAGCUACAUUGCCAAAUUUAAUUUCCUACUGGCUAAAUCUGAAAGGACCAUCUUACGUAGUCGAUACGGCGUGCAGCGCUAGUCUUUACGCUGUAGCACUCGCUUAUCACACCAUCAUAUCUGGCAUAUGCGAGGAAGCUAUUGUUGCUGCUGGAAACUUGUGCAUGCAUUCAAAACUGAUUAUGCAAUUUUGUCGUCUUGGUGUUUUAUCACCAACGGGUUAUUGCAGACCUUUUGAUGUAAAUGCAAACGGUUACACUCGUAGCGAGACUGUAUCGGUAAUAUAUCUUCAAAAAGCGAAAAAUGCAAAAAGAAUUUACGCUUUGUGCAAACAUGUUAAACUGAACAGCGACGGAUACAAAGACGAAGGAAUAACAUUUCCAUCGGAACACUUGCAAACACGUUUAUUAACCGAGUUUUAUGAAGAGUGCGGCAUGUCGCCAACUAAUGUGGACUACAUUGAAACGCACGGUACCGCCACGAAAGCUGGCGAUCCACCGGAAAUCAAUGCUAUCACUAAUGUUUUCUGCAAAGAAAGAAAGACCCCGUUGUUGAUUGGUUCCAUAAAAUCCAAUGUUGGUCACGCGGAAGCAGCCAGCGGUAUGAGUCAGAUCGCUAAGGCAAUAAUCGCAAUGGAAACCGGCAUUAUUCCUCCAAUGAUCUUUACAUCACCACGAAAGGACAUACAAUCUCUUGUAAAUGGAACUAUACGCAUUGUAACGGAACCAACGCAUCUUAUUAACGGUUACAUAGCCGUAAACUCGUUCGGAUUCGGAGGAGCCAACGCGCAUUUGUUAUUAAAAUGGAAUCCCAAAAGAAAGAUCAAUAACGGUGCACCAAAUGACGACUUGCCAAGACUCGUUACCGUAUCUGGACGCACCGAAGAAUCAGUGAAAUCGUUUUUAAAGGACAUCGCAAAUUAUCCGUUAGACGUGGAAUAUAUUCGUCUGCUACACGACAUUCACGCUUACAAUAUAGACGGUCAUCCGUGGAGAGGAUAUAUCGUACUGGAUAAGACGCAACAACACAAUUCCACAAAAGAAAUUCAGGCUUGUAGUAACGAUAAAAGACCUAUUUGGUUUAUAUUUUCCGGAGUGGACUCGCAAUCGUUCGAACUAGGUCAACAUUUACUAAAAUUUCCCGUCUUUGCACGUAGUAUGAAAAUAUGCAACAAUAUUUUGAAACAAUAUAACAUAAGCGUAACAGACAUUAUGACAACGAUAGACGAAAAGAUGGAAAACAAAAGUCUCGCGAACACAUUGAUCGGUAUCGUUGCAUUUCAGAUCGGAUUGGUAGAUCUCCUAACAUCUUUGGGAAUUAUUCCGGAUAACAUGAUUGGAUAUUCCGUCGGAGAACUCGGAUGUGCAUACGCGGAUAAGUGCCUCACUAUCGAACAAACUAUUCUAUCAGCGUACUCGAUUGCUUUGGCAUGUGUCAAAAGCAACGCGCCUCGUGGAUCUACGGCUACCGUCAAUCUCGAUUACAAAACUCUCAAAAAUAUAUGUCCACCAGAUAUUGAAAUCACACGCCGCAAUAAUGGAAAAAGCAACGUUAUAAGCGGACCCACGGAACGUAUGCGUGCGUUUACGAGAAAGUUACGGGCUAGUAACACGCAUGUGCAAGAAAUAUCCCACAACAAUAUACUUUACCACAGUCGUUAUCUCGCGUCCAUCAAAGAUAAACUUUUAAGGGACUUGAGUCUACUGAUAUCACAACCUCCCAAAAGAAGCCCAAAAUGGAUCAGCACAUCCGUACCCUGUACCGAAUGGUCCACUUCAGCAGCACAAUUGUGCUCCGCUGACUAUUUCACGAACAAUAUACUGUCCACUGUUCUUUUCGAACAAACAACGCACAUAAUUCCAAAUAACGCCGUGACCAUCGAAAUUUCACCAAUCAGCGUUUUGCAGAACAUCUUGAAAGAAUCUCUGCAUCCACAAGUGACUAACAUCGCGCUCACUCAGUGCGCAACAAACAAAAAUCCAGUCACCGCAAUGCUGCGGGGAAUUGGAAAAGUUUACAACUGCGGUUUGCAACCACAAAUUGCUGCUUUGUAUCCUCCUGUAAAAUAUCCAGUCAGCCGUGGGACCCCGCACAUCUCUCCAUCUAUCAAAUGGGAUCACUCCAAAGAUUGGCUCGUAUCGCACGAAGUAUCGGAACGUAUUAAAACCAGAGAAAGACUCGUCGACGUACAGCUUACGGACGAGGACUACGAAUAUAUGACAGGUCAUGUAAUAGACGGAAGAAACUUGUUCCCAGCUAUGGGUUACAUCGCGCUCGUAUGGGAAACUAUCGGAAAAAUCAAAGGAGAAUUAUAUUCAACUUUACCAGUGGUGUUUCGAAACUUGAAAUUCGUUCGCGCUACUCAUAUAUCCAAAACUGAUGUUGUACAAUUGACGAUUAGCAUACACGAAGGAAGCGGAAGGUUCGAAGUGUGCGAAAGAGACAAUAUCGUUGCAACGGGUGAGGUGUCCACCGACGAAGUAGAUCUCAAACGAGAAACCGCACCUGAUGCAUCCGAUUUAUUACCGGAUGACAACGAGGAAGAACACAUGAACGCUCGGGAUAUUUACAAGGAAUUAAAGUUACGCGGAUAUCAAUACAGCGAUGGAUUUCGUGGAUUAAAAAGCGCAUCGGUCACGGGUAGCAAAGGACACGUCGCUUGGAUAAGUAAUUGGGUCACGUUUAUGGACACGUUGCUGCAACUGCACAUACUCGGGAAAGAUACCAAAAGUCUGUACGUUCCUACGAAUAUUCGAAAAUUGGUAAUCGAUCCGACUCUUCACAACGCAAAAUUACAAAACUGCACGACGGAAAACCUAAUCAAACUAUUGCCAGUACGUGUAUACAAAAACUUGGAUCUCAUAGUGUCCGGCGGUGUAAAGAUUUGGGGUGCGAAAGCUACUUCGAUCGCUCGCAGAAAACCAAACGCAGAUCCCGUUAUCGAGGAACACAGAUUCGUAGCGCAUCACGAUCGGGAAAAGAUUCCUUUGCACGAAGCGGUACGAAUAUCAACGCAAAUCGCACUGGAGGAUCAUCAGAUUACGAAAGUGAAGGUAAUCGAACUGGUGGAAGAUACAGAUAUCGUAAGCACGGAAGAAUUGGCAACUUUAGCGACACUCGAAGCUUGCAACAAUUUGCCGUUAGUACAAGCAACUAUUACUCUAAUGACAUCGCCGACCGACCGAUUCAACACAUCAGAUUUGCCACCGAACGUAACAGUUGCGGAUUCACAAAAAUACACAGACAACAACGUCUCAAUGAUCACCGGGUUUAAUCUUUUAUCGAAGCGGCACUCACUGGAACAACUUUUACCUUUUCUCAGAGAAGGUGGUUAUUUGUUAUCGCGGGAGAAAUACGACGCGACAGAAGUAACGGGAUCGCAUCGUACUUCUCACGCAUCGUUAACCAACGAACGCAACGACAAUCUCGCAAAACAAUUUGGAUUAAAUAUUAUUCUCGAAAAGCGCACCGACAAGGAAACGAUUACGCUUCUGAAGAAACGAGUUCCGAUCAAAGAAACAACUGUUGUUCACGUUACCAACGAUAACUUUGAAUGGCUGGAAAAAUUGAAGUCACUUGUUGCAGAUCAAAAGAAAACAUUUGAUCACAACAACAGAAUCGUAGUUGUCAGCGAAGGCGAUUUCGAGUGCGGUUUACUGGGCUUUGUCAAUUGCUUGAGAAAAGAACCCGGUGGCGAGUUGGUCAGAAGUGUGCUUAUUCAAGACGAGACUGCUCCAAAAUUUUCUCCGCAAGAUCCCUUCUACGCGCAACAGUUGCAGAAAGAUUUGACAGUCAAUAUUUUACGACCCAACAAGACUUGGGGUUCUUACCGGCAUUUCGAUUUGACAGCUCCGGAACCCGCACUUGUUCCCGCUGCUUACGUUUGUCAAACGGUUCUCGGCGACCUAAAUACAUUUUGUUGGGUGGAGAACGAUACAUGUGACAAUUUUCAUCGCGACGAUUCGAUACGCGUGGUUUAUUCAUCCAUCAAUUUUAAAGAUGUAAUGCUGGCGACGGGAAAAUUAACUUCUUGGGAAAACGAAAAGCGAUUCGAGAGCGCGAGUCUCGGACUGGAAUACGUAGGAUUCGAUACCAAAGGACGACGAGUAAUGGGAAUGCGCGACAAUAAGUGCAUCGCUAAUAUCGUUGCAAAAGGUGAAUUUCAAUGGGUCAUACCAGAUACUUGGACGUUCGAAGAAGCGGCUACGGUUCCUUGCGUAUACAGNACGUCGUAUUACGCUUUAUAUAUAAAAGGAAAAAUGAAAAAAGGCGACAAGGUACUCGUACACUCUGGUUCCGGUGGUGUUGGACAGUCGGCGAUUCAUCUCGCCCUACACGAAGAAUGCGAAGUGUUCACCACAGUAGGUACCGCUGAAAAACGACGGUUUAUCCGAGAAAUGUUUCCGGCUAUUCCCGACGAUCACAUCGGAAAUUCGCGCGACAUCAGUUUCGAGAAAAUGGUUAUGAAGCAGACCAACGGUCGCGGUGUCGACAUAGUACUGAAUUCAUUGGCAGAGGAGAAACUCGUCGCGUCUACUCGUUGCUUAGCGCAAAACGGUCGUUUCCUGGAAAUAGGAAAGUUCGACUACGUGUCGAACAACUCUUUAGAUCCGUCGUUGUUUAACAAAGGAAUCUCUUUUUACGGUGUUUUUCUGGAUUCAAUGUUUGCAAAAGAACACAGACACAAGGCUCAGUUAUUGAGAUUAAUGGCUGACGGUCUCAAGAACGAUGUUAUCAAACCUAUAAAAGCUAAAGUUUUCCAACAAACAGAAAUCGAAGAGGCUUUUAGAUACAUGGCGAGUGGAAAGCACAUAGGAAAGAUAAUUUUAAAUAUUCAAGAGGCAGACAAAUGUCACGCGCCGAUUAUCGCGCAUCGUCGUUACUACUGUCGCAGCGAUAGAACUUACAUCGUACUAGGUGGUUUAGGUGGCUUUGGAUUGGAACUGACCGAGUGGCUGAUAUCUCGGGGUGCAAAAAAUGUCACGCUGAUUUCAAGAAGCGGUAUAAAAAACGGUUAUCAACGGCUAAAGGUUUCGAUAUGGAGAUCCUACGGCGUAAACGUGACGAUCGUCAAAGAUCGCAACAUCGCCAAUUCCACAGACUGCGAGCAUCUUCUGCUACGCGCGGAAAAUGAAGCACCCGUGGAUGCUAUAUUCAAUCUCGCUGUUGUUUUGAAAGACAACGUUCUGAACAAUCAGACUACGGAGAGUUUCGUAGAAUCUUUCAGAGCUAAGGUUUGGCCAACUCAAAUAUUAGACAAACUGUCGAGAAAGAUCUGUCCCAAACUCCGACACUUUGUCGCGUUCUCUUCGGUUUCCUGCGGCAGAGGAAACGCCGGCCAAACCAAUUACGGUAUGGCUAAUUCCGUGAUGGAAAGGAUAUGCGAAACGAGAGUAAAGGAUGGAUUUCCCGGUUUAGCGAUACAGUGGGGAGCUAUAGGUGACGUAGGUCUCGUUGCCGACAUGCAAGAGGACGACAAAGAAUUGAUUAUCAGCGGCACCUUGCAGCAAAAGAUAUCCUCUUGCCUGAACGAACUCGAAAAAUUUUUACUUCAGAAUCGGCCGAUCGUAAGCAGCAUGGUGGUGGCUGAGAAGAAACAAGGAUCAACUGGACUCACCGAUAUAGCGCACACAGUUGCCAGUAUCAUGGAUAUAAAAGACAUAAAAGGAAUAAGUCAGCACACAUCUCUGGCCGAGCUCGGGAUGGACUCUAUGAUGGCGGUGGAGAUCAGGCAAAUUUUGGAACGCAUCUUCGACGUGUACCUUUCCCCGCAAGAGAUACGAACUAUCACUUUUGCAAAACUUUUCGAAAUGUCCAACACAGAGACCAACCUAACCGCUGAUACAUCCGAUAGAAGCGAGCGGAACAACUCACUCAUGUUCAAUAUCGUGCAAAACGAAGAUUUCAUCUCUGAAAUCUCGACAGAUUUCUCGAUCGAAAACGAAAAAAGCGCUAGUCAAGUUUUUCUCAUACCAGGAAUCGACGGUUGCGGAACUAUAUUCAAUCACUUGAAGUCGCAUAUUAAAUUUUCCGCCACAACUCUGCAUUACAACACAGGUGCUAUUUCUACCGGGAAUAAUUUGUCGGAAAUGGUUGAUCAGAUUCUUGAACAGGCUAUAUUAACAAGAUUACGAGACAAGAAAGAGUUUGCGAUGGUUGGAUAUUCCUUUGGAUCUAUUCUCGCGAUAGAACUCGCAAGACGACUGGAAAAUAUAGGCUUUGAAGGUCGAAUUGUUCUGAUAGAUGGCUCACCCGAUCAAAUAACGUUGAUAAACAAGCGUUACAUAACAUUCUCAUCCGAAUCCGCGGAGGACAACAACGAAACGGAAAUGCAGAUUUCUGUUUUGAAUAUGUUUUCGAAAGUUUACAAAAUUGAAACAAGCGAAAAGGACUCGAUGACAUUGGAGAAGUGUAAAACCGACGAAGAAAGAUUCAACACUUUUGCAAAAUACUUUACGGCACAAAACUCAACGCUCUCGUUAGCAAAUUUAAAGAUAUUGUACACGACAAUAUACAAACAUUUAGUCAUCAUAAAGAAGUACGAAGUUUCCACCGUACCGCGUAUCAAAUCUCCAGUAAUAUUAUUAAAACCUACAAUUCCUUCGGCACCCGAAGCCGAAGAAGAUUACGGUUUGCACAAGAUAACAUCCGAUGUGACGGUACAGUACGUCGAGGGAAGCCACAUAACAAUUUUAAAAAAUUCCAAAGUAAUUGCCGCAAUCAAUAAAGAAAUAUAGAAAAGAAAAAAAGAUUGUGCAACAACGGACAAGAAAUUGAGUUUUAGCAACAAACAUAAAGCAACAGUCAAACAAUACGUAAAGUAAUAACACAAAUGAAUACAAUGUAAUUUUUGAAACAUCGUUUGAAUAUCGAUAAAUAACAUUGUCACAAUGUUUGUCAAAUACCAAAUAAAUCUAAUGAUCUGCGUUUGAUCGAAGUGUUGAACACGA